AUGCAGCCUCAGCAAACAAAAACCUACUUGGUAGCAAAGCCCCACAUUCCGAAAUGCGGUAGUUGGGCAGAACGCACCACGAAAUUUCAACAUUAUACCGUUGCUUUCAACAAAAAUGCCAAACCCUUGACCCAGUUUUCGCACAUCAGGGAACUUUUAACGGCAUUUACAGAUGCAGUUCAUGCUCACCAUGAAGCUUUUGAGUCGGCUCGUAUGCUCCACCGUGAUAUCAGUUCAGACAACAUAAUGAUCGACGAGAACAGUCGUGGUCUUCUAGUUGAUUGGGACCAAAAUAAGUCCACCAUCGGCCAGCAGGCUAGUUUGCCUGAGCGAACUGGUACCUGGCCAUUCAUGGCUUACCGCCUUAUAGGAGAGCGUGAAGAUGAUGCGUCGCCAACACACGUGAAGGACUAUGACUUAGAAUCUUUUUGCCAGUCUAUUGUCACAAUUAAAUCGCUUAUGAGGGGUGUAUACAACGACGUGCUACACACCGAAACUGGAACGUGGUGUUCCGAGACCAAAUACGACAGGAUUUUGAACACCCAUACCGUUCGCAAACAGAAAUUCACUUCGCGUCCCCUGGAAACUAUCCUAAGGAAAUACCAACAAAUUAUCAGCAAUCGUUACCAACUGGAGGACCGGGACAAGAGGGCAUUUAUGCUGUGGCAUGAGCAAGUCUUAAACGAUUUCCCAGAUGCUACAGAAUCACAAGUAUGCCAGAAGUUGGAUAAGAUCAUUCGAGAACAUAUACAUUUCCCGGACGUUCGGGCCAGUCAUCUUCUAUCACUUUACUUGAAGAAAGGCUGGGCACUCCAACUCUGUCGAGAUGUUUGUUCCACCACCACGGAAGCUGAUUGGAAAAUUGGAGGCAGCAACAAAUUCAGGCCAGAAUUAUUCACCUUUCAACAAAGUUCUCGAAACAAGCGUAAAUCCGACUCUCAGUAUGGCAUGUCAAGUAGUUCCGAUUCUGAUACUAAGAAACACCUGCAGACCAAGAGGUCUCGCAAGGAUCCACCACAUUCUUGA